UUAGACACUAUUCAUUGUCAAGGGGAUAACAGUCUGUUUAUCGUCACCCUUUGACUCUUAAACACUUAUCCAUGGCAGCAACAACAGCAGCAGUAGCCCCAGCUCUCUCUUCCAUCUCCUUCCGUUACCAAAUUCAUUCCAUUUCCUCCCUCUUCCCCAAAUCCACCAAGCCCUUUUUCCUCUCCGCCUCAUUCCCCUCCCUUUCCCUUUCUCUCACACCACCGCAAGCCAAAGCCUCCGACAUCGACACCGCCUUCUUCGACGACCUCGACCCCGAAGAGGAAGUCGUCUUCGACCCACCAACACCCCCCGAAGGUUUCACCACACCGCCCUCUUUCGACGACGGCCCCGAUGAAACCGAGGACGAAAUCGCCGCCGCUUACGAGGAGCUCUUCGGCCCUGCCUACAGUGGAAUCUCUGUUUUGGGCAAUGAUGUUUUCGUGAUGGAUUCCAAAGUCAAAAAAACGAGUGCGUUCGGGAAAGUUAAGAAAGAUAAAGUGAAGGAUGGGUUUGAGGAACGAGUGGUUCAAGUUAGGCGAGUUACUAAAGUGGUUAAAGGAGGGAAGCAAUUGCAUUUUAGAGCCGUUGUUGUGGUUGGCGAUAAGCAGGGGCAGGUCGGUGUUGGCGUUGGUAAAGCUAAGGAGGUCAUUGGUGCUGUUCAGAAAUCGGCUGUGAAUGCUCGGAGGAAUAUUGUUACUAUUCCUAUGACAAAGUACUUGACUUUCCCACAUAGGUCCGAGGGUGAUUAUGGUGCAGCAACGGUGAUGCUUAGACCUGCUGCACCUGGUACUGGAGUUAUCGCUGGAGGUGCAGUGCGAAUUGUUCUCGAAAUGGCGGGUGUUGAGAAUGCAUUGGGGAAGCAACUUGGAAGUAAAAAUGCCCUCAACAAUGCCAGAGCUACGGUUGUUGCAGUACAGAAAAUGAAGCAGUUCCGUGAGGUUGCUCAAGAACGAGGGAUUCCGAUGGAAGAGCUGUGGAAGUAAUGGCCCUGGAAUCAGCUCCAUCAUUUACCAUCAUCAUUUGGCAAAUCUAGAUUCUCUAGACGAGGUUUCAGAGUUUAGCGAUAACAUGAUCCAAACAUUUCUUUUGUCGAUUAUAAUUGAUACUAAGCACUUGUAUUAGAAAAUUUCCUCUUCCUUUUCA